AUGGACGCUUCCCGGGGGAGAUCUCCCUCGAGCGGCAAUGCGCAGGACAUGAGCCCUCAGCCUUCGCCGAAUCAAUACCACACAAGCGUACCAGGCGUAAUUCCGUCGGUACAAGCAGCGCUCACCACGGGCAAAUUCACAAAUUCACAAUCGUUCGCCGGUCCGUUCUUCGAUCCACAGCAACAGGGUGGACUUCAUUCGGACCCUACAGAGCAAGCAUUCUACGGAGACAAUCAAUAUCAGAACACCUUUCAGGACAAUCAAUUCGCUGGCCAGGCAUUUGAUCCAUCCUUCAACACCAGCUUUAUCUACCCCGGGGGAAGCAUGUCCAAUGACUUCCAGAACUACUCCAUGAGCACCGCAUACGACAUGAAUCCGCAGGCAAAUAUCAACCCGGCAGACCUGAGCAAAGUAUCUUCUCCGCAGGAUCAACAAUCACCAGGAUUGCAGCCACCGGAGAACCUGCCUUCGCAACCUGGAUCUCCUGCCUCGACCAACGGCCAGUUCUACACGCCGCAGCACUCAAGACAUGCCUCUCUUGACCCUGCGAGCGCAUAUGGAGAUAGCUUUUCCGGGCUGAAUUUUCAGCAGCACAGAAGAGCGCCGUCGGAUCAUAGUGAGAUCUCAUCAGCUUCACACUCUCCAUAUCUUGGGCACGCAGAGCUCCACGAGUCCUCUGACUUGAAUCGUUCUCCAUUUCUUCAGGCGCAGCCUGAUACCAACAAUGCCUUUGGCAUGGAGAGUUUCAGUCUUGCCGAGCAGGCAUCUUAUCGUUCUCCGAGACUCAUGCCUCAUAUGGAGGGAACUCAACAAGGCCUUGGGGUUGACCAAGGCUUGACACUCAACCAGCCCAUGGGUAUACCUAUCCCUAAUGUCUACACCUCGCAAGCACCAGCCUAUCCAUCAAUCGUCCCGAGCAAUCAUAUGCGCAAUACCUCAGUAGUUUCUGAAAUUGGGCAAGCUGAUCAAUUUGCGCCUCCUACCAUCAAUAUCGAGCCAGCGCCUGUCUCUAGACAGCAGAGUUUUGGGCCACAGGGAGAACUUCUAGAAGGUGCAUUGAGUCCUCCUACUUCGAGUAGAGGCCGCAGUAGGAGCAAAUCCGAUGUCACAUUUAGUAGACCAUUGUCCCGAGCCGGAUCUCCUGGACUCACUUCGACAAACAAUCUGGCUGUCUCAAGAUCUCCCGAGAGGGGCACUCGGUCUUUGUCGCGCGAAUCCUCGCCUGGACCAGUCGCUUCUGGCAGGGUUGAGAAGAAUCGGCGUGCUUCAACAUCUUCCGUGGGCCAAACUCGAGACUACAUCCUAGAUCUGGCGGAUCCUAGCAGACCCAAUGCUUCACCCACCGCGCAAAGCACCAGAGUUCAAAAGCAUCCAGCCACCUUUCAAUGCAAUCUCUGCCCGAAGCGGUUUACUCGCGCAUACAAUUUACGCUCGCAUCUACGGACCCAUACUGAUGAGAGACCCUUCGUGUGCACAGUGUGCGGCAAGGCAUUUGCCAGACAGCAUGACCGCAAGCGCCAUGAAGGUCUCCAUAGCGGGGAAAAGAAGUUUGUAUGCCGAGGCGAACUUCAUACCUCCCCUGGCCAGCAUUGGGGGUGCGGACGACGAUUUGCUAGAGCUGACGCUCUGGGUCGGCAUUUCCGGUCAGAAGCCGGCAGAAUUUGUAUCAAGCCAUUGCUGGAGGAAGAAAAGGCCGAACGUCAAAACCGAGCUAUGAUGGAGCAACAGCAACAGCAGCAGGCACAAUACGCCCAGAACAGCCUUCAACCUCUACCGCAACCAAUGAUGAUUGGCAUGGAUCCCAGUACAAGCACGGGUGGAUUUGCUCUUCCGGCAGCCCUUCUUCAACAAUACCCUGCUCUUCAGAAUAUCGAUUGGUCGCAGAUAUCUGCGGUGGAUGAUCAAGGAGAUCUGAGUGAUGUUGGUGGCAUGGGCAGAGCCAGCUUCGAUGGUUCGAGUGGUGGAGAGUAUUAUGAUGAAGAGAUAAGUGACGGCUAUGUUAGCGGCAGUGGCCUGGACUUCUCCAAUCCUGGACCCCAGAUGUACAUGUGA